AUGGCGCGCAAUUUGAUAGUGGAGAAUUUGGUUGCUCAACUAAUAUCGUUGUUGAAUGAUAAUUCGUUAUUUCGAGAUAAAAGAAGUCAAAACAUUUUAGAUCAGAUAAAGUCAUUCUUUUCAUCAGAACACACCAAACCAGAAUUGGAUUUUGUUCUCUCAGUUUUAUUUAAACCUGAUGACGGCCUUUUGCAUUUUAUAAAAGAAGGAUGUUGUGAGAAGACACUUAAACCAGGAAUCAAGGAAUCUUUGCUACUAAUUAUUGAUCUAUUUAAAAAAUACACUCAGGAUCUUGGCUUAGUGAAGUAUUUUGUUCAAACUAAGGACACUUGCUAUUAUGUUGUCUUACGCUACAACAUCUGUGGAGCAGAUGUCCUCAAGUGUGCUUUUGAAGUGAUCAAGGAAAUCAUAACUUCAAAGGAAGCAUUAAAAGUUAAAGAGGACCUUAAGAUUCCAGAACUAAUUGGAUUUUUGUACUGCAGAUGUUUGACUGAUAAGAGCAUAAAAGCAACAGCUUUGCAAGAGGUCUACGAGUUGUUCGGAGCAAUUGCUUCAACAUUUCCUGAAUGUUUUGGAGAUAGCCAAAUUAAAUCUUUUGUACGGAAAGUCCUCGAUGAAUUAAAACUGCAGCUCAAGCAGACCAACAAUGUAAAACCCUGCAUAAUUGAAGGUUGCAUGAAUGCACUGAAAGGUGUGUUCUCAAAUUUUCCUCGUGCCUAUGAUGACCCUGAUAAGGAGUUAGCGGAACAGUCCAAAACUAUCUACUUAUAUAUCAAAGAUGCCUUCCAAGGAGAUUCAACCCGCAAAGCAUAUCAAAGAGCAACGUUGGAUUUGUUCGCAACACACAUCGAACUUCUGUGGGGCUGGGUGGUCGAGUUUAAGGAUGUCAAUUAUUGGUUGCCACUCCUGUCCUUGUGGGCCGGUAAAAUCUCGGCUGAGGACAAGCAGAUUGGUAUUAAAGCGGUGAGGGCACUGCAUGAAAAAGCUAUGAGUCAUAUCACCUCUCACCCGGAUGACGCUAUGAAACAUGACUUUCUGAGCUACUACAAGCGUGUGUUGGAGUGCCAUAGAGCCGCUAGCUACAACAUGGACCUAGCAAUAGAAGGGAUCAGCACUCUGGCUGGCAUCUCCAGCAAUGAAAUAAACCAAACAGAUGUUACUAACAUAUUUAGGUUGAUCCUACAACGGGCUCAGACUGAUUUCCCUCUGCAGGAUAGUACUACGGCAGAGCGGUCGGACAGUGAUGAGCGGCUCGCCAAGUAUCUAGAGUCUCUAUCCAACGUCUGCUCUAAGCUGAGCUCUGUGACCAAUGACCAGCUGUCUGGGAUGACGCGGCUGUGGCGGCUACUGGUGGAGCGCUACCCCCACCAUUACGCUCGGACACAGAUCAUUAUGGUCGAAUCUCUCAGUGUCACCAUGCUGAGGAUGGGCAUGUGCGACCCGUCUGUGUUUGCCAGGUUCUUGUACCCUGUCGUUUACCAAAGCAUUUUGGUUACCUGUUGCCACACUUUGGUGGAGGAGGCCGAGCUUCAAGAGGAGUUGACUCAAAGAGAAGUGAUAACGUAUAAGAACUACAAAAAGUUGUGGGAGGGACUCUUCCGUGUUGGCUAUGAGACUAAAAACAAGAGAAAAGUCCAAGGUGUGACUCCUCAAUUGCGAAGAAUGGUUUUGGACAGCCUGUACGAUUGCUUUGUUAAAUCACUUGUAGAAAUUAUUGGCAAACUGAAUGUGAAAUUGUGUGAUAAAGAUGAAACAAACGAGGAGGUAAAAACUGACCCAGAGAGCAACUUAAAAAGUGAAAACCCUCAAGACCACAACGUGUUGUGCAACUUGGCCAACCUGUACAAGGAUCUGUUGGCAGUCCUGGACUCUGAGAGGUUGUUUAAAUGGUUGUCAGAACUGCUGUCUACUGUCAUCAACCAGUCUGUUCGGUCACCGUUGGUGUCUGCGUUCUACAAGCUGCUGGCAGCCCUACUGUCAGUGGCACAGAGGACAAACUAUUUCCUUGAUGAGUCGGAAGAGGUACAGUCGCUGGGUCAGUAUAUUGUCAGAUAUCUGGAGGACGUGAUGCUACAAUGUCAACAGUACAAGAACGAUCUGCAGGCUUCGUGUUUGCUUGCUCUCGUCUCGGUCCCCGUUCCUCUCAUCAAGCCGUUGCUGGCUGGAAUUGCUCCCGUUAUGCAGAUGAUCUUCAGGCUCGGCCAGAGUCUGCUGUCUCUCGCUGUACAAGGGAUGAAUGCCCUUGAGCUGUGGCAGAGGUCGUUACCUCCAGAUGAGCUCAAGCCCAUACUACAUCAGGUCCUGCCCUGGUUUGACCCUUACCUACGCAGCAGAGGAAUAACCACAGAACUGCCAGAGGACGAAAACCUGCAGAUGUCCAAGCGACAGCAAAAGCGAGAGCGUCGUAUCAAAGAAGCAACCAGACUGGCCGAGCUGCAGAAGCGGAUGCUGAGGCUGCUGGGUCAACUAGACUCAGCCACUUGUCUCACACUGCUGAGUCACCCUACCGACAUUACUACUUGGUCAGACGAACCCAUGGUCAACUUCAAGAUGCCAUUCCCUGACCAGCGGUUCAGUGUUCCGAUGGAUUCUUUGCUUCCAAGGGUGGUAGAACUGGCAAUGACUUCCAGCGAUCGUCAGACCAAAGCAGCAGCAUGUGAGGUUUUGCAUGCAUUUGUUCUUCUCUUCAUCGGAAAUGGUACCACAGUAAUAGAGACUAAGCAGCCAGAGCUAGAGAGCAUCCUGUCUAGACUGAUGCCUUCCCUCCUGAGGCUGUCUUGUGGCUCAGAUUUGGUCGCCAUGCAGCUGUUCCGUCCACUCACACUACAGCUGAUGCGUUGGUUUUGCUUUCCCAAGAUGUUGCAUUGCAAAAAGCCUGUGCAAACCCAAGCUGUUUUGCAGGCUGUAUGGGACGGCAUAACAGAUGAAGAGGACGUAGCUUUGCAAGACUUUUCAGCUCUUUGUCUCAAAGAGUUUGUGCAUUGGUCCAUCAAACAAUCACCCGACCAGCUGCUAGUAGAUCGGCCUCUUGGACCCAAGGCCAUUACCCGAAUAAUCAACUCGUAUUGUCUACACCCGAGCCUCACCAAGCGAAGAGGUGCUGCGUUGGCUUUCUCACACAUAGCUGGAGAGUUACGAAAGCCUCCUCUGCUAGACGUGUUCUGGUUGGAACUGAUGUAUCACCUGGUGCUCAACCUCGAGUUGGGUGGCGCCAGUCACAACCACCCUGCAACAGCUGCCCUCACUGUCAUUGGCAAAGUGAUGAAAAAGAAGGCUGAUCUCUUCAAUGAGAAAAGUGAUGCGAGACGUGUACCCGACGCUUUAGGAUCUGGUUCACUGCUUGAUGUCGUGAAGUUUUUGGCGCAGAAAUGUGGAUCUCAGACUGUGAUUUGCGCUACGAAAUGUAGAGAACUAAUUUUGGAAUUGAUGCCCCUAGUGCCAGAUAUACCUCCCCUAGAUCAGCUGGUGGACAUUGUAAGAGUUUGUGAGGGAGCAGGUAGUGGAUUGAUGCUUCCAAUCCAGCCCGGUGUGUCCGAUGCCGAUCAUCUCCGAGCCAGUAUCGACUGCUACGCCUGGUGCAUCAAGAAGAGUUUUAUUCCUCCAUUUGUCGCUAUACAAUCUCCAAGCAGGCUAGUUCCAUGUGUAGAGUACUUUGUCAACAUGUUGGACUUGACAGUGGUACCAACAUUACUAUGCUCCAGACAAGAUACAGUCCUGAUGAAGGCCAAGUGUGGUGUAGUGGUAGCACUGUUUGAUCUACUAGCACUCCUAUACUCACAAAUCAAAAAACUUCCUUACACCUUUUUCCAAAGGAAUUUCUGGAAAUUGCUUGCAAUGUGUAUAUUCAGCUCACAGAACGUGGGGUUGGAUUGGCGAAACAAGGAGCUCGCAGAACACCUCUCAGACAAGAUACGCCUGUUGUUGUGCACACUGAGAGACCAAAUGAAACCAGCUGAUCUGGAGAAUAUGUACGAGGCGUUGUCUUCACAAGUGUUGUAUGAUUGUACAACAUGUGUGGAGCGCCUCAGCCUCAUGUGCCAAGGACUGCAGCCUCUUGAACUCAAGGACAAGCAGUACGUCGAUGGACUGAUCACUCUUUAUAAAACAGACUUGCUUCAACACUUGAAAUUUGGACGCACAUGGUAUGGCAACACCCUACUGAGGGGAGUAUUCAACAGUCUGUUUGACUCUGAUGAACUGCCCUUGCAUCCAGAGUCCUCUGUCAAAGGGUUUCAACAAAAACUGCUACACCUGGCCUUCCUACUGGGUGCUGAGGUAAGUUCUAUCAAAUCAGACUACCAACAUAGUGUUUUUCGAGACUCGGCCGCUGUCACCUUGAAGCGCUGCCGUAGACGUGGUGGGGAGAAGCCGAGACCAGCGGACAGUGGACAGUUCUUGAGACAGUCGGCGUCGAGCGUUAGGUUCGCGCACACCAACCAACCCUCCUUAGGCCGUGCGAGCGAACCAAAUAAUAAGCAGAUCGGCGCGACAUUAACAUCUACGAAGAUCCAGAAGUGGGAAGCGAGCGACGAGGAUUGUCAGCGAGACCCUGGACUACUCGAGCUGUCCGAGCAAAUCGGAGGUAAGUUUACGAUAGGUGCCCUACCCGACAUAAACACCUCACAAAGUGGCGCCUCCGAACAGGGACAUUGA